UUUUUUUAUGAUGUCUAACAAAAGGAGAUUCCAGCCCACGGAUUCCUGUGCUGAACCAUCAAAAUCUGGCAAGAGGGCCAAGAGUAAUAGUAUUCACAAGUCUGAUUUGGUCCCAAAUCAAGAACCCUUCUCGAAAAAAGGCGGCAGUACAGUUAUCCAGCAGUUGAAAAAGACCCUUGGUGAAUUCAUCAGACACCCAGGGGUCCUGCAAGGCCGUCCUGAGCAUUCCAGUAUUUUAUCUAUUGCGGCUCAACUUCAAGACGCUUUGAAAGAAAAUCUGACAGCAAACAGCCCCUCUGCAUCUAUUGAUCCCACAACGACAGAUGUAUAUUUUCCCGAGCUUCCUCGCAUUUCAGAUGCAUCAUUAGAACAAGCUGUAUUCAUACACCCAGGAGUAUUUGUCAACAAUGGCGUCGGACAGCCUGCGGAAACCAGUUAUGAUAGGCUUGAGGUUCUCGGUGAUGCUUACAUAGAGGUGAUUGCAACCAAGUGCAUUUGGCAACGAUUUCCCGGCAUACCUGCUGGGCGUAUCUGUCAGAUUCGUGAAGAAAUAGUCAAGAACGAGACACUUGCCGAAUACGCUACUAGAUAUGGUCUGGAUAAGAAAGUCUCUGUCGUGCCAGAGCAUAAGAGCCAGACAAAACGAUGGUUGAAAAUCAAGGCUGAUGUUUUUGAAGCAUAUAUUGCAGCUGUUAUAUUGUCAGAUUCAGAAAACGGUUAUGAAAUUGUUGAGAAGUGGCUCUGGCAACUCUGGCUACCGAAGCUGACGAAUAUCGAACCCAUGGAAGCAUCACUGAAGUAUAAGGAGCUUUUGGCAAAGAAGAUCAUGGGGAAAGGGAUUAAGUUGAAGUAUGUCGAUGAGCGCCCCCCUGCUCAAGCAAAGGGAAGGGAGACUUUCUACAUCGGGGUAUAUCUAACAGGCUGGGGAUGGGAAAACCAGUACUUGGGUUCUGGAUUUGGAUCGAGCAAAGCUAUAGCAGGUGAUUCUGCAGCAAAACAGGCACUGAAUAACGUGCCAUUGAUAGAUGAAGUGUCGAAAGCAAAAAUAGCGCAUGACAAUGAAAUGAAAAAUGUAACGAGUUAGAGGUAUAGGGGCCUUUGGGAGGCUGAAGGUUGAUGACAUGAUGGUUGACAUAGAUCACAUAGCAAGAAUGAUAAUCAAUUUGAUGAAUCUAUUAGUAGUAGUAGUAGAUUUCAUUGACC